GAACCAACCAAGUCAAGUUGGCGUUUUAGUCGCAAGUCGCCCAUACUUGUUCCCGUGUCUACUUAGCGCAGCAACAUGCAUCCGAUCCUGCUCAAGGGCCACUCGCGCUCGAUCACGAUGAUCAAGCACAACCGCGAGGGCGAUCUCCUCGUCACCGUCGCCAAGGACCACGUCCCGUCGCUCUGGUACUCGUCGACGGGCGAGCGCAUUGGCACCUUCCACGGCCACCAGGGUGCGGUCUGGGCGUGCGAUAUCUCGUACCACUCCGAGUUCCUCCUUACGGCCGCUGCUGAUGCCACGGUCAAGCUUUGGGACUUGAAGACGGGCAAGGAGCUCUUCAGCUUCACGCACACGGGCUCGGCGCGUAGCGUCAACUUUGCCCAUGGGGACAAGCAGUUCAUCUCGGUCGCGGAUCAGUUUGCUGAGAACCCGGCCACGGUCUUCGUCUACGACCUUGCGCAGAACGGCGAGAAGCAGUCGUCGCAGCCCAAGCUCGCGAUCACCAAGCACGGCCACAAGGGCCGCGUGACGGGCGCGUACUGGAUGCCGUUGAACGAGGGUAUCUUGACGACCGGCGAAGAUGGCAUGGUGAAGCUCUUCAACCCGGAGACGGGUGCCUUGAUCUCGGAGCACAAGGUUCACAACGGCUCGAUCACGAGCUUGAGCUUCAACAAGGACAAGACGCUUGCGAUCACGUCGUCGAAGGACAACACGGCCAAGCUCUUGGAUGUGGAGACGCUCGAGGUCCUCAAGACGUACGAGACGGAUCGCCCUGUCAACUCGGCGAGCAUCUCGCCGACGAAGGAACACGUCGUCUUGGGCGGUGGUCAGGAGGCCAUGACAGUCACGGUCACGGCGGGCCGUGCCGGCAAGUUUGAAGCGCGCUUCUUCCACCAGGUGUACGAGGAAGAAUUUGGCCGCGUCAAGGGCCACUUCGGUCCUAUCAACUCGAUCACGUUCCACCCGGAUGGCAAGAGCUACACGAGCGGCGCCGAGGACGGCUACGUCAGAAUACAUCAUUUCGACCAGGAGUACUUGGAGCGUGACGCGUAAGCGCAACCACGCCUAUCAUUAUGCUCCUCCCUCCAUUCCGCCGCAAUAUGAAAGCGGGCGACGGCCGUGCGAAUGG